AUGGCGCAAUGGACGCUCGCCGUCCGUCCCAGUGGCAAGCCCGUGACCACACUUACAACAGCCCGGCUUCAGCAAGAGCCUUCCUUCUCGAUUUCUGAAAAAUCAAGGGGGGACGCAGUGGCUGAUGGAGCGUUGGAUUCGGCCUGUGACCAUGGCGCCUCUCACGGCCGCUGGCUGUUGGAUGUCAGCACUGGAAAGUACAGGUGGGAGUUCCUCCCGUACGCCCCUCCCCUGCCUCCGCCGUCCCACUGGGUCUCCGCCUUGGCAUCACGUGGCAUAAGAGAGAUCAACUUCGUGGGCGACUCACACCAACGCUUCCUCAUGCUGCACCUUGCUUACCUCAUAAUACAUACCGUCAAUGACUCGCACGUGGACUAUCAUGGGGAUAUCUCCAUCUCUGUACCUGGCCCUGCCCCAGCCUAUGAUACAGCACCACGGGGAGAUGAUGUGGCAUUGGACGUCCGAAGGGGUCUUAGGGGGAGAGGUGGUAUGAAUCAGCAGCAAGAGCAGCAGAAGUGGCGGGAGUUUGGGGGACUGAAGCUGAAUUUCUAUUGGGUUGAUGGCAUAUACCAGAACGGGCAGUUUGGAUGCGAGCGAAGGGGCUUCUACUCAGGCAGGGAAGAUUCCUUCCCCAACAUCUCCAAAACGGCGGAUGUCACAAUCAUUGAUGCUGGCGCCUGGUCCGGCUUGCUAUGCCAGGAGCCUGAGAGGGCCUACAGUGUUCACCUGCCUGCGUUUCUCGAAUGGGCGAAUGGACAGAGGCGUAAAGCAGAGGAGCACCACCAGAGUGAGUAUGUGAAGCUACAAACGGCAGACCUUGACGUUGCUUAUUUGGCAACAGAUGGUGGUAGUGGGGAAGCCAAGCCUGGUCCGUCCCCCAGGGAGGGAAGGGGACCAAGGGUCCCCGUGUGGCCUGAGAGCCGUCCCCCAGGGGGGGAAGGGGACCGAGGGUCCCCGUGUGGCCUGAGAGCCGUCCCCCAGGGGGGGAAGGGGACCGAGGGUCCCCGUGUGGCCUGA